CACGCAAAAUUUCCGAGAAGCGCGUCUUCAGCGCCGUACUGUCGCUCCCGAAGAUAUAUGUUUUUACGAAAGUCUCACGUUGGAUCCUCUUGAUUUCUUCUUCACUACCGGCCCAGCUCUUUCGCGUGUACCCUAUUUCAUCUAUGUCACCGUGUGAUUCAACUUACCCCUAGCUGCUCCUCCCCUUCUCCUGUGCGGCUGGUCAGCGUUGGCGACAGGUCUCUACGACAGGAUUACCGACUUUCCAGAUUCCUAGGAAGGCAGUCUUCGCAGCUUUGAAGAUUGGCUCAGACAGUGGAAGACGGCGUCAACCUUCAUUCGAAGCUUCAGCUGUUGCAAAUCGCGCCCGUACUCUCAGUCAACAUGGUCCAUUCUGAGUUCCUGUCGCUGCCAGACGACGCGCUGCUGGUCGUGCUGGCCUUCCUGACUCCGAGGGAGCUCUUCGCCUGCCGCACCGUUUGUCGCCGCCUCCGCGACAUCUGCGAGCACAGAGACCUGUGGAGGAAGGUUCAUGUGUGGGACGAUGACGCAGGCGUGCUGCUCGCCGCGCUGGCCGUCGCCCCAUGCCUCAAGGGAAUGCACCUAUCGUCGCCCCUCGCGGCUUUGGACCUGGCCUCACUUGUGCCGGGUAGCACUUGUGUCGUCGACGGCCUUUCUUUCGAUUUAGCUACUGAGAACGAUGUUCUUCUGGCCAUUGAUGUUUUGUUGCAUCUUUCCUCUGUCGGAGGCGUGAGAGAGCUCUAUAUCGAAUGGGGCGGGGAGCCCCCCGUCAAGACUCUCACAAAGCUCGCAGAGGCCAUCUGUUCCUUGCCCGGCCUUUUGUAUUUUGACUUUCACUAUCCGUUUGAAGAGCCUCUUCAGGUUACCUUGCGUAAUCUUGAUGUUGAGGUGAUGCCAACCCUUAAAAGACUCGAAAUCAUUGGAGACAGAAUGGAUCCCUUCGCUGAAUAUUUGCUUAAAAAGCAUGCAGAUACACUUCAAGAAGUUCGGGUUUACUUUAGGGAUGUUCCCGUGUCGUUGCUGAUGGUGUUGCCCAGGCUCCGAUCCUUGGCUUGUAUGUCGCAUAAGGAUUUGGCUCAGUUGUCGAAUCUGGAAAACCUCGAUUCAUUCGAGUUACUGUACGACCUCGACGAAGUGCCUAAAGAAAAGGACGUCUUCUGUCCCGGCACACUCAAGUUCCUACGUCGGGCGUCGCAUCUUAAAAGUGUGACAAUGCCAUUGCAUUCCCCUGCCAAUUUAUCAGCAUUGAGCCUUUCCUUUUCUUCUGCGGUUGUUGAGGCACUAGAUUUAAACUGUUUCCCUGGCUUUUACUUUGAGGGGCUCAUUGAUGUGCUGCACCAGUUCCCUUCCUUGAGGACCCUUAGUGUGGAUGCUGAGCCCCCGGAUGACUUCUUGCGCACUAUCAGCCCUGUGUCCCUGCCUCGCCUCGCCACGCUGGUUGUGUAUCCUCCCAAGAACCCAAGCAUCCGCGCAUGGCUCCACGAACCCGCCAUCCAGGAUCUCCUCAUCAGGAACCCUGAUCUGCACCUGUUCAUUCAUAACAGAAGAAGCAGAGGAGUCUACGCCUGCUUCUGCGUUUGGUGCUCUCGAGGUCAUCGCAGCAGCCGGGCGGACUAUUCAAGGCAACCGGUUUCGUCUCACAAAAGAAAGGCUGGGUGCAACUGCUUUCAAGUAGCUGUGUCGCCCCCUCAGCCCACUGACUAAUCGGGCCUUGCGGUCGAACUCAUUCGGCUGGUGAGUAGUACCUUCCGUAGACUUUGUUUUAAUCAAUGGACAGUGCGCGACAUCGCGCGAAGUGAGUAAUGAAACUUAAGUAUGAUUUCAAAACAUUGUAAAUUCAUUAUUCUGAUGUUCAGCGCACGAUGUGCCUUAUGCUCGAUUUAUAAAUAUUAUGUUUGUUUUCACAUACUGUAUUCUUGCUACAUUUAAAGAGUUACGUUAAAGAUCUUAUCCUUAAGAUCAACACCUGGAAACUAUUAUGGAACCGAAUUUAAUAAAAAUUGUGUACUGUACAA